AUGGCUGCCGCCGAUGUUCGUGACAUGCUGGAUUUGCCCGCGGAGGGUCAACCACGACCUCACAAGAAGCAGAAAGUGGUCGAGAAGCGACCAGGUGUGUGUGCUACACUAUCUCUGAAUGGUAUAACUCGUGAACUUUACGCCUUAUUAGGAGAGAGAGCCCCCCCGAUCGCGAUCCAUGAGAACCGAUACAAGGGACGCCCUAAGUGGAUGAGCAAAGUUCGCGUUCGACCUUGGCAAAUGGCCCCGUUUGUAAACAGCGCUCGGUCCGACGAUCUCAUUCUCCGCCACUGGCAACGACAACGCGAAUCGACGAUUACACCAGCACUGGAGGGCCCGGGGCCUGAAGGUGAUCAGACCAAAGUUGAGGAAAGCGCCCCGCAACCUGCUGAGCAAGAGUACCCGUUUGUCAAGUACAACAUCAAAGCCAAGGUUCCCAACCGAUACUCUACCGAAGAAUACAACCGCCAUUUGCGGAGUGACGACUGGUCGCGCGAGGAGACAGACUAUUUGAUGGACUUGGUUGAGGAGUAUGACCUCCGAUGGGUGGUGAUUGCGGACCGCUACGACUUCCAACCACAGCCCGUCGACAACACGGACACACCCUCUACUGCGCUGGUACCCAGUAAGCGAUACAGAACCAUGGAGCAGAUGAAAGCCCGAUACUACUUCGUCGCCGCUUCUAUGCUUGCUCUUGAACACCCACCGUCUGAAAUGUCCGAAGCCGAGUUCGACCUCCACGAGAAGAUGAUGAAGUUUGACCCCGACCGUGAGCGAGCACGCAAGGAACUUGCCGCUCUUCAGCUCAACCGUACCGCCGACGAAGUGCGCGAAGAAUCGAUUCUCCUCGAGGAGCUCAAACGUAUCACUGCCAACGAGCAAGAAUUUGUCGCCGAACGCAGAGAACUUUAUUCGCGUCUCGAAGUCCCCGUCAGUGUCGGCAACACAACCAACUACCAAACCAGCCAGGGUUUAUCUCACCUCCUACAGACCCUCCUCCAGGCGGAUAAGAGCAAGAAACGCCGUUCCCUCCUCGGCCCUGAAGGAACCAUCUCCACCUCCGCGGGACAAACUCCCGCCCCCAAUGUCCCCAACAGCGCCCGCGACAGCAGAGCAGAUACCCCGAACGCCCCGAGCAGUGCGACUGCGCCCCCAACCAAGAAGGCAGCAGCAGCAGCAGCAGCAGCCGCCGCCGCAGCAAACAAAGAAACCGCCCAACAAGCCAUCCGAACCCUCACAGCCGCCGAAGAAUCCCGAUACGGUGUACAACACCACGACCGUCUCGCCCCAGGUGUGCAAUUCCGCAGCGAUCGCGCCCAGAAACUCACACAGGCCAAAUCCCAUGUACAAACUCAGAAGCUGGCCGCCGCACUCGCCGAGCUCGAAGUUCCUCUCCGCCUGGUCAUGCCUACGGAGCGAGUCUGCAAGGAUUUCGAAAAACUGAUUCACUCUGUGAAUUUGCUUCUGGAUGCCCGCAAGGUCGCCGAAAAGGUAGAAAGCGAAAUUCGGGUGCUGGAGGCUGCAAAGGAAGAUAGAGAACGAAAGGUGAAAGAGUUCCGGGACAAGGACAAGCCUGAGGUCAAGUCUGAGCAAGAUGACACCCCUCUCCCUCCUUCUGCUGGUGGUGCUGGCCAAGGAAAUUCUUCUGCUCAUGCUCAACAAGGCGAGGUGGGAGCAACAAAGGCAUCUACCCCGGCGGGACCUGGGGGUGGUGCUUCGGCACAGGGAACACCAGUAAAAGAUCAAGAGGGUGCUUCUCACAAGCGAUCAGCUAGUGUACUUAGCAACGUCAGUGAUAAGAGCACUAAGCGGCAGAGGAAAUGA